AUGCAUUCCAUAUCACAUCGCCUUCACCUACGAGCCCGAAUUCCGCCGCUGCCGUUCGUGCCGUCCGUGAUCCUGGGCAUCCUGCUGAUGGGCACGUACGGCUUGGUCACCGCCAACCCGGAGCGCUGCCACUGGAGGGCCAUUGCCUUCACCGUCGACGCCUACCUGUACAUCCUUCUGGCCGCCAGCAACAUCGCGACCAUGUAUCUGAUCGAUGCCUGCCCGGAGCGCAUCGGCGCCAACCUCGUCGUCAUCCCCGUCACAAGGGAUCUGGUCAGCUUCGGCAUUAGCAAUGGCACCGUCGGCUACAUUGCCAACGUUGAUACCGCCAACCUGUCUGGUGUUUAUGCGGCCGUCAUUGUCAUCUUUGGCCUCAUGGGCUGCGUCAUGUUCUGGACGGGCAAGUCUGCCAGGAGGUUCUGCGCGCCUUGGGUCACUGAUUAUGAAUGA